AUGGUCUGUGAGGAUUUCGAACACAUCUUCAAUUACAAGCUCACGGAGCGAGUCGAGCUUUGCGCCACAAUAUUUGCUAAACCAAACCUGGCCGGUCUUCUGUGGCCAGGUCUGCUCGCGUCUGCUGUCUUGACGCUGACCAUAGACUCUUUGUUGGGGACUUCGGUUGAAGAUUGCUUCGAGCGUAUCGCGAUUGGAGAACAAAUAGCAGUUGACGCCAUCUAUAGAAACGUAACGGAACUAACUACAAAGGAGUGUGAGCAAAUCUGCAAACAAGAUAAGCAGUGCCAGACGUAUGAUUACGGCGUCGGUGCUAAAGGAAAUUCCACUUGCAACCUCAGCAACAUCAACGAAAACCAAAUCAAAGAUGAAAAACCUCUAUCACGUAAUCCUGAUUAUGACGUAUACGUUAGACGGUUUCACUGUGAACAAUCACCACCCACACCUUUGGAUCAGGAAGUAUUAGAGAAUGGACCUCUACAUCGCCCCGUAAUCAGACCCGAAGAAGAUAAGCGCCCAUUAGCUGAUGAAUUUUAUGAAAAACCAUAUGAACCAGAUAGGGAAUUUACAAAACCAUACGGCAGGCCCAGCGCAAGCGACAGGCCAGAUGGCUAUGACAAUUUACGACCAGAUGAUAGACCGCCCAGCUACGGACUGCACAAGCCUCAAGAAACACCAUAUAGGCCAACCCCAGCUGCACCAGAAGACCGACCGCCUAAAUAUGGUGUACAUACCCCGCAAGAAACUCCUUACAAACCACGACCGGACUAUAGGCCAGAUGACAGACCACCCAGUUAUGGGUUACAUAGACCCCAAGAGAUACCCUAUAGACCUGAGCGACCAGAUAUUCCAGACAAACCGAGCUACGGCCCUCAUAGACCGCAAGUAAUACCUUAUCACGAAGUCGAUCUUUACAAACCUAGACCUAAUCCUAGACCAGAUUAUUUCCCACACCAAGAUAAUAAUUAUGCAUUAAAACCAGAGGAACCGGUGUAUGAAUAUUUUAUACGUCCGAAUCGAAGACCCGCAUAUGAAAGACCAAAUCAAGAGUCAAAACCAUAUUAUAGUUACAACAGUCAAUAUGCUAGUGGCUAUGGGAAUUCCAACAAUGACAUCCAUGUUGAAAUAUAUGAUCCGCCCCGCUUUAGGCCAAAUGAGCGACCAUAUCAUGGUUAUAGUCAGGGCUCAUCUGGGUAUGGCCAAAAUUACGGCUAUCAACAAUCAAGCCAUGGUAGCUAUGGGUAUCAAGAAAGUAGUUAUGCCGUGAGACCUCAGGGCGAAUACGAUAGGAAUAAAUUUGGUCAAACGAUACAUGGCUACGGUAGCACAACGUAUAAACCAACCUCUCAAAAACCCAGUUAUAGACCAAGCAGUGAUCAUAAUACUUAUGGCCAGUCUUCUGCAAAUGGGUAUGGCUCAAGUUUAAAUUCUGCUUCGAAUUAUGGUAAUAGCCAAGGUAGUAGUGAUACAGCAGGAAAUGGUUAUAGUACUCAAAGUGCAGGUAAUUCUUAUGGAGCUAGUGAAAGUAGUUCUACCUAUGGUAGUAGUCAAACUCCUGGUGGAAGCUAUAGUAGUCAAAGUGCUGGUAACGCUUAUGGAGGUAGUCAAAGUAGUUCCACCUAUGGUAGUAGUUCAACUACUGGUGGAAGCUAUAGUAGUCAAAGUGCUGGUAACGCUUAUGGAGGUAGUCAAAGUAGUUCCACCUAUGGUAGUAGUUUAACUACUGGUGGAAGCUAUAGUAGUCAAAGUGGUGGUAGUGCUUAUGAAAGCAGCCUCAAUUCUGAAUCUGCUUAUGGACAAAACUCUGGAACUGCUUAUGGCAAUACAGCUUCUGGUGCUUCUGGUGCUGUUAAUAGCCAUAAUAGUUAUGGCUAUAGGCCAAAUGGUUAUGAGAAUAGCUUACAUCGACCUUCCAGCUAUGACAAAUUCGAGUACAAUGCAUACAACCAACAUUCACAAAGCGCGGGUCAAACCUACAACAAAUAUGAAUCAAAUAAACCAUACAAUCUGCCCUCUUAUGAUCAAAACUCACUUUUCGGCAGCCAUCUUGGUUACGGCACUCAUCAUUUAUACGAUAUGUAUGGUUAUAAAAGACCAUAUGAAAAACCAUUAUAUAACCAAGAAAAACCACACAAUAGACCAAAACCAAGUUACGAGACGCAACAAAAUAAUUACGACAGGCCUAGUAACGGUUACGGAAAUGGAAAUUCAAAUAAACCCAACGGUUAUGGAGAAACGGGAUACAUCAAACCUAACCCUGAAACCGCCUAUAGUAAACCCAGUUAUCAAGCCGGAUACCAAUCUACAAAACCGGAUUCCGUUUAUGGAAACAAGCCCAGUUACAAUUCAAAACCUGAUAGUUAUGUUGACAAUGAAAGACCGAAGCCAGCUGGUUAUGGGGAGCCAAUUCAAGAUAAACCAACAAACAGUUACAGUGGAAGCAUUGGAACAAAACCCAACCAAAAGCCAAGUUACGAACCCGGCUAUGGAGAUAAACCUAAUACAGCAUAUGACGAUAGUUACGGUUCGAAACCUGGCCCCGAAACAGCAUACAGACCCGAUAAUCUUUAUCCGGAUAAACCCGGUUAUUCCAACCAAAGUUUACCCGCUUACAACCAAGACAGGCCAAAUGAAAAACCGGUUUACGAAUUUGAGGAGAGGCCAGAUGGUCCCAGUUAUAUAUCUCGGCCUGAUGGUAACGUUAUAACUACGAGGCCGGUUUUGAUAACCGAUAAUGAAGAACCAGGGUAUGGAAGGAAUCCGGACACCAGAUUCUCGUAUAAAGCGUGUUUCCGUCGGGUCCUCGCGGGGCGAAGGGCCCUCCGGAGUCACGUGAGGCGAGUGGUGGACUGCGAGAGGCUGGAAGACUGCAUGAGGGAGUGCGCUAUCGAAAGACGGUUUCACUGCGAAAGUUUUAAUUACAGAUUAGACCCAUCAUUUCGCGGCCAAGGGCUCUGUGAACUUAUGACAAAGCCCAUAGAAGCCUUUGACCUGAACCGCGACUUUGCAGACGACAAAUCGUAUGACUUUUACGAGCUUGACCGAAAUAGCUUGGAACCCAAUUGUCCAGAGACACUACGGGGCCCGGGGCUCCUUCACUCUGGUUAUUUAUCAUCGAAGCCGAAAGGCCAAGACAGGAUAGAUUGGUAUGACGCUGGGUACACAGGAGUCAGUCGGUAUGACGAGAGAAGAAAAUAUACGCAGCAUAAACGAUAUGAGGACCAGUUUUUUGUGCCUUAUCAGAUUGGUGUAGUUAGAGGCGACGAUCGCGAGAACUGGGGUCAGUACGGAGGGUACUACGGCAACUACGAUUCCUAUUACAAGAACCGUAACGACUUCAAACAGUCCUACAAUCAUUGGCGCAUCUCGGAUUUCGACAGACACGACGUCAAAUUCACGAAUAAAAACUUCGAUUACCACAAUCUAGGUAGACAGCACUCGGAUGAACACCAUAGUUAUGGUGAUAGGCACGAGACAGAUUCUCCUCAUCAUACUGAUAAAUACGGUCUAUCCGAUGUUAAUUAUCACGCAGAUAAAUAUUAUAAAUCGGAUCGAGAUUACACUGAGCAUAAAUUGUCGGAUUUUGAUUACCGCACAGAUAAGCAUUCGGAUUUUGAACAUCAUGCCGACAAGAAUCUGGAUUUUGACCACCGUCUUGAUAAGCAUUCGGAUUUUGACCAUCAUAUUGGUAAAGAAUAUUGGGAUUAUCUGUCUUGGAAGAGAGGCAAAUGGAAUACGUCGGAAGGGAGCUGGAGUAGAUGGGAGGAUGAUACUGAUUCGAAGGAGGUUUGGGAAGGGAGGAGUGAAGAAGUUGCGAAAGAUUGUUCGUCCCGCCGUCGCCCAGGCAUGUCGCUAAGUUCUGGCGCGGUCCGGCGUUCGUUAUUCGCUAGCACAGUGGUAGAAUGCGAAGCGGCCUGUUUUGGUGAACGCGAAUUCAAAUGUGUUAGUUAUAGUUACAGAUACUCGAGCCCAGCUGGUUCAGAUAACUGUUAUCUGAGUGAACGUCCCUACAAAGGUUUGGAUAUGUCAGCAGACGUGGACUCUGAUGUCUACGCAAUGCCUCAGCAUCAGGGUUGUCACGUUGUCAGUACCAAACCGUGGGUUGAAAGUGAAUGCUUCUGGCACGUUCGAUCUGGUGCAGCAGUAUCGGGGACGGCAGUGAAGGCUGCUUUGACUGUUACUGGGUUGGGGGCUUGCGAGGCCGAGUGCAUACGAGCUCAUAAAUUCUUCUGUAGAGGGUUUAGUUUCAGGUUUGAAGCUCCAGUCGGUGAUGAUCUUCAGAACUGCAUUCUCACUUCCUCGCCUCCAACUUCGUUGGAGACCGGUCGUGGUCUCCGGCCCUCGAGCGGACACGAGCUCUACGCAAGAGGAAACUAUGGUCGGGGCUGUGAACCAGCAUUGUAUGAUGAUGUUCAUCAUAGAGAGACGCAGUGUUACCUCCAGUAUGACAGUUCGGCAAAACUGCGGUCGAGCGCUGUACGCGGCCAGGCGCGUGUUAGAGACGCAAAAGCCUGCGGCGAAGCCUGCACGGAGGCUCCUUUUAGAUGUCUUAGUUUCUCUUUCACAAAUACCGCGCCACCGAGAUCAGACAACUGCCUAUUAUCUGAAAUAAGACUGUUUGAUUUACAACGAGGCGUUGACUACGAGCCUUCUGAAGAUAACCUUUUAUUCGCUUUUGACCUUUUCAAUGGACAGUGUUGGAGGAAAGUGUAUGGGACACACGAAGUCCCAACUGUAGAAAUACCACAUCCUCUUGUAACUACGAUCGAGGAAUAUCCAGGUGAUAAACCGGUACCACCUUCUUCACCAGAUUACAUAACCGGCCCCAGUGGACCAACUUAUCUCACUGGUCCAGAUUCGAAGCCUGUAAUCGAGUAUGGUCCAAAACCUAGUUACCAGCCAAGUUAUCUACCCGUCAGCGGACCGAGCCCGUCCAGCGGUCCUGAUCCUAUCGGGCCCCCAAUUGGUCUAGAUUAUGAACCAUACAGACCCUUCAAACCACCGUCGGAGCCAUACAGACCACACAAACCGAUAGAUAGUUACAAACCGAGUUACCCACCAUCCGGUUAUUUCUCAUCUGAUGUUAAACCCGGUUAUAUACCGCUACCGACCAGGCCUGAUUUCCUACCCGGUUAUAGGCCGGAUGAAAAACCAACUGUGAAACCAGUGAAACCGACUGGCGACGAAUACACAGCAUCAUGGCGCCAUUACACGGUAUCCGGAUUCCCUUGUCGACGAGGAACAACUUGUGCGCAGAACCACGUCGCUGGCCACUGGGCAUGCGAACCAGAGGGCGGCGAGAUUGGUUCGUGGGACUAUUGUUGUGCGCCGACACAUCGUUGUGGAUACAGCGAAGGUUUUCGUAAACCAUGGUGUUAUGUAGGCCCAGAGGAAGACCAGUGGCGACCCUGCAGCGAAAAAUACUACCCCUACCAUCAACAUAAUGUGCCGCAUCCAUCUUUAGGAAAUCGAGAGGCUAUACGUCCACGACCAGAUCGCCCAAUUACAGAAAAAGAUCCAGACAGAUCCAAACCUAGUUCAUAUUUGCCUGAAGGUGACAGACGGUAUUGGGACGAUUUAUACAAGAAUGGACCUAAAGCGUAUUACGAUAGAUAUGGAAAUCCUUUACCAGGAUAUACACGAGUACCAACAGAAAAUCGACCAUACAUUAAAUUCGAAAGAAACCCGCCCCGAGGUGGAUCCGGACAGUGGGUGCAGGUGCCUCAGUAUGAUGAUGAGCCACAAGCAGCAGGCCUUGGAGUACCCAGAUACUGGCCCGUCGCGUAUUUGCAUAAAAGCCCUCCUCCCAACACAACUUACUUUAGAUUCAACGAAACAAAAACAGAGCGAAAACCACGAACAACCACUCUACGCCCUGAAAGGGACGAAUCAGGAGAAUUCGAAGGCAGAUCUAUUGAAGACAAUCAUAGAGUUGAAAAACAGAGGAACAUAACACGCAUUGAUGACCUAGAAUAUGAAGCCAGCACAACAACAACUACGACAUUUAAGCCGGAAAGUACUACCACGGAAGUCUCAACAACAACAGAGCAACAUAUUGUUAAGCAGAAUAACACAUAUUUAGAUUCCAAAGCUGAUAAUAUAAGGUACGAAGAUUAUGACUACGUCAAAGGUCUAGAUGGAAAGCUGAGUGAUUUUACAUCAAUAGAAGUGUUCAACAUUGAGGAUGCAAAAUCAGCAGACAAGGCAGAUGUGAAAACUUUAGAAGCUGAAGAGAGACAAAUCGAAGCGAUCGGUCGUCUACUAGCGUCUAAGCGAGCUGGUAAACUGACCCUAGAUGCACAGGAUCUAGAGCCAAAAAAUAUAGCAGUGGACAGAGAUUUUAUGGAUAUAAAUAACAGGUUGCCUACAAGGCGUGGUGUCGUUCAAAGAGUCAGUAAGGAAGAUUUAAAGAAAGACGUAUCAAGAGUUCUUAAUGACGGUAGUCUCGAAGUGAGUGAAACUACAUACGUUAGACCACCCAGAAUUUUAAGUACCACGGAGAAUAUAAGAAAAGCAAUUGUAAAUGGAAAAGUGUUUUACGACGCAACGAUUCGUGAUCAGAGAGAAAUAAAUGCAACGAGGAAAGGAAAAAGUUUACGAAUAGAAACAGCGGGAGUUAAAAAGAAUGUUAGAAGAAAUGUUAACCCGAUAAGAAGGGCUAAAAGAGUGUAUAGAAAGAGAUAUAACCCGGAGGAGGUCAGAAAGAGAUUGCUGGAACGAGAGAAGAGUAAGAAUGUCACUGAUAAUAAGAGUUAA